AUGGCCUGGUCACCUUCCGUGCAUGCAAAGCUGCUUAAAGUGGGCGCUCUCUUUGCUAUCACAACAGGGUCCGCAGAUAUUCUCUUUGGCUUGAAACCCUUCACGUAUACUUCUGGGCCCCUCUCGGUUAAUCCAUCCGUCUACGCCGUCAUUGACAAUCAGGUACGCUUUUUUGGCGCAGUUUGGGCCGGCUAUGGUGCCAUUCUGUGGUGGACAGCCAACGACUUAAAGACCCGACGAACUCCGCUGGGUAUACUUUGCGGAAUAAUGAUAGUUGGUGGCAUCGGCAGAUUAGCUUCAGCAUUAACACAUGGCUUUGGGGCGACAUGGACCGCCGUGGCUACGUUUUUAGAAUUAUUCGGACCACCUGCACUAUACCUCUUGGGUUGUUAG